GUUUACCACCGUAUGGAUUAGUUGAGUUUCAAACGUUCAGCAAUACGGACGCUCUUUGUUCAUCGGUCGAGCACCAGUUCGGCCUCGGUUCAGCGGCACUCGGAUUGAUAUGGCGGAUUAAAGGGGAGACUAGAAUUUGUUAUCGGUGAACAACAAGUAGUGUGUUACGGAAAAUAUAGAACAAACGGGUGCAAGAUUCACAUGAAAGCAAACUACAAAAUGGAGCGAUAAAAGUGUACAAUGACAGUGUGAGGUGUAACGGAGGAAAAAAUCGAAGCAUAAAUCUCGCUUCAAGUGAAUUCACGGUAUAAGUGGGAGAAAACAGCGCGGAAAAUCGAAGCACAGAAGUGCUCUAGUUUGUGGCAUUGUUAUGUGAUUGAUUUGAAAGUGAAGCGACAUUUACCCUUCACUCUGGAAGCGGAAGACCGGUUCUCUUCAUAGUUCGUUCGACUAAAUAAUCGAAUGUCUUGAAUUGAAAGCCAGAGUGUCGUAAUGUUAGCAGUAGUUUGACGGAAAAGAUUACGAUAUUUCUCCGACGGCUAACGAUUGCCAGAACAAGAGCGGGGCAGUUGCUGUCAUGUCAUUGUAAAGUGCGUGCGUAUUGACAACCGUAGUACGCAAGUCUUUGAACUGCGUAGUGUUUACGUUUGCUGAGAAGAGCUACGCUAAACGAAGAUACAAAUACGAGAAAAUUAAAAUUACAACCUUGUUUCGAAUAUAAAGCGUUUUUGUGCACCGAAAAUACCGGACAGCGCCGUGGUUCUGUUCUGGUGUUUGUAGGCUACAGUCGCCAGCGGCUCGCUAAUAGAUUCAGCACAUGUGAUACAGAUCAGAUCCAAACGCAGCAGUAACAACAAAAGGAUUACGCUGUGCCACUCUGUAGUACGGGGCAGGAACGGUGACAGUCGAACAGGCAGUUGAGAUUGCAAGUGGUAGAUGUGUUUUUGGGGGUGAGUUAUACGAGCUGAUAUCGAGAACAAGCUGCGGCGGCGGCGACGUCGACGUCAACGACAACUGUGCUGGGUGCGGUGUGCGACAGCCGUCGUCUAGUGAUAGCGAAAUUCGUGAACCCCUCUGAUGGUGCUGCUCUGUGAGCUGCAUUGAAAACAACAACAGUUGUGCGGGGUGUGAGUGUGCACAAUCAUCGGUCGUACUCCGAUAUAUGUACGUGCGAAACGUGUGCACGCUGCAGUAGAACAGCCAAGCGUUCAGAAUCGCCAACCGGGGCGACAAGUCUAAAGAGUGUUUUUGUUUUACCUACGUAGCAGAAAUAGAAGAACAAGCGGGAGGAUACGGAGAGCGUGCUGGCAGCGACUAGCAUCAUCCGUUGGUCUCGGACAUCGCGCUAUUGGAGGUGUUGAUGGGCGAACAAUGAGCUAAGCCUAUCGUUAACCAGACCUACUUCACCGUUUCUCACUUCCAUCUGCCCCCAUCUGUUGAAUACGUUCUUAAAGAAACCCCCGAGACUCCCGGAUUGUACGACAUCCCAUCCAUCUGAAGCCGGUGCUACUUUUCUCGCGCGCCUAACACCCGUCAAAAGCCAUCACAUUGCGACUUUGCAGUCGUCGCCGUCGAUGCACCGGCUAUCCAUCUGACACCCGACAUCCAGCGUAGCAGGGCAACUGAUUUGGGAGAACAAGUUUUGCGAAUUGAAUUUGCUCACCCCGGCACCGAUCUAUAAAAGGACCAACCUUCACCACGUACUUUAGACGGCACAUGUGCCGUUCCGAGAGUGGCUGCGACGACAACUUCAACAACUGACGGGCGGCUACCGGCGAAAGGGAGAAUACCAGCACCAGCUUUGGUAGCAGCAGAACCAGCCGUAGGAAGCGCAACGAUGAAGAUAAUCUAAUUGAAAUUUUGCACCCAAGCUGCUGCACCAGCAAACAAUUUCGCCUCAUUUUCGGGCCAGAAAAUUAGAUUCGAAAUCACAUUCUCAUCAGCAGACACGUCCACGGGACGGUCACCAUUCAAAAUGACACGAACAAAUAAAAUCAGCUCGCUGACGACGACGUGUCUACUGCUACUGCUGUGCAGUACCAGAGUUAGCUCCAGCUAUUACAGCGGCGGUGGGGCAAGCCCUGCCCCUCAUCUACCGGCGAUACCAAAAGAUCCGCACUCGCGGUGCGAAGAAAUCACCAUUCCGAUGUGUCGUGGCAUCGGCUACAACCUCACCUCGUUCCCGAACGAGAUGAACCACGAAACGCAGGAGGAAGCCGGACUGGAGGUGCACCAGUUCUGGCCCCUGGUCGAGAUCAAAUGCUCACCGGAUCUCAAGUUCUUCCUCUGCUCGAUGUACACUCCGAUCUGCAUCGAGGACUACCACAAGCCACUUCCGGUGUGCCGGAGUGUAUGCGAGCGGGCUCGUGCCGGCUGUGCACCCAUCAUGCUGCAGUACAGCUUCCAGUGGCCGGAUCGAAUGGCUUGCGAAAAUUUGCCCGUCUCGGGAGACACCGAAAAUCUAUGCAUGGAACAGCCCAGCGAGGACGAUGGCAGUCACUCGUCCGGCGGUGGCGGAAGCGGAGGUUCGCACUCUAAACCAACACGCAAGUCCCACGGUUCGUCCGCGGGUGGCGCCUCCGGUCAGAACAACAAAUGCAAGGGCAAGAAUUCAAAAAACUGCCAAAAUCCCCCAGGGGAAAGAACAAAAGAGUGCAUGUGCCGGUGUCGGGAGCCACUGGUGACCCUGGGGAAGGAAAACCUACUGCACAACCAAAGUGUCGAAAGGGUAGGCGACGUCAUAAACUGCGCGAUCCCGUGUCGGGGGGCGUUCUUCAGUCAGGAGGAAAAGGAUUUCGCCGGGGUGUGGAUCGCGCUAUGGUCCGGCCUCUGCGGCAUAAGCACACUAAUGACACUCACCACGUUCCUCAUCGACACCGAAAGGUUCAAGUAUCCUGAGCGGCCGAUCGUGUUCCUGUCGGCGUGCUAUUUCAUCGUGUCCUGCGGCUAUCUGACCAAGCUGUUUCUCGGGCACGACGAGAUCGCCUGCGACGGGAAAGCCAUCAAGUACCCGUCGAUGGGACAAAGCUCGUGUACGAUGAUCUUCAUCAUGAUUUAUUUCUUCGGAAUGGCCUCGUCGAUCUGGUGGGUGAUUUUGUCGUUCACUUGGUUUCUGGCUGCAGGACUUAAGUGGGGCAACGAAGCUAUUUCGAAACAUUCGCAGUACUUCCAUCUGGCAGCGUGGCUGAUCCCAACGGUGCAGAGUGUUUCGGUGCUGUUGAGGCCGGCGGUGGAUGGUGAUCCUAUUGCCGGAAUUUGCUACGUUGGUAAUACAUCAGUGGAAAAUUUGAAGAACUUUGUGCUGGCACCGCUGUUUGUGUACUUGGUGAUAGGAACGACGUUCCUGAUGGCAGGAUUCGUGUCACUGUUCAGAAUCCGAUCUGUAAUAAAACAGCAGGGCGGCAUUGGAGCUGGAUCGAAAGCAGACAAACUGGAGAAAUUGAUGAUCCGGAUAGGGAUCUUCAGUGUUCUGUAUACGGUUCCAGCGACGAUCGUGAUCGGUUGCCAUUUGUACGAAGCGAACUUCACCGAAGAUUGGAUGACCGGACUGACAUGUCCCUGUAAGGCGGGUACGGGCAUCAGGCAAAAACCUCUGUACUCAGUACUGAUGCUGAAGUACUUCAUGGCGCUGGCCGUGGGUAUCACGUCCGGAGUGUGGAUAUGGUCAGGCAAGACGGUAGAGUCGUGGCGACGGCUCUGGAGAAGGUUGUUUGGUUCACCGGAUCCUACUGGUGCUGGACAGGUACUGAUAAAGCCCCGACCACCACUCCCACAGCCGUAUGCAACGUCCGGAAUCGGAGUACCCGGUUCAGCAGCAGCUUCCUUACUUGCCACUCCGUACACGCAAACCGUUGGCAGCGUGGCGUCCACUAGUCAUCACCAUCUGCAUCACCAUGUACUCAAGCAAACCCCACUUAGUCACGUAUGACCUGGAGACAUUGGCGGCGCUUCCACACUCACUGCAGGCUCUGGCUCGGUGGUCGAUCCCCGGGCCGUGUCGGUCGUCGUAACGCUGCCAGGACCGCAACCAGGACAAGCCCUGAGCGACUACGGUCCAAUAUAGUUGACAGUGCGACCAGAUACGACAGCACGAUGGAUACCUAGCAAUGCAAGCGACCAGCUGUGACCCGGAAGCGCAUAAACCGGGGAGGGAUAACAGCACACACACACAUUCUCAUGUAUAUGUGCGUGUGUUCUUUGUAUAUGUUUGUAGAUCGAAGUCAUCAUGUGUAGGUCAUAGAAGUAUGUGUUCACUUUGUACCAUUUAUAUCAGGAGAAACGAAAUAAGGAUUGGUGUAGAUGUCGUUGUUUCGCACUGUUGUAGAAGUCGCGUAGUACAAGUGACAACAAGCAAAUGCGUGUGUGUAUAUUUCAUUCUCUAACAAAUAACACAUUAAUGAAAUCGAAGGAAAAAAUAGGUUAGGUCAAAUGAAGUCGUGCUGGUCAAAAGUCACACUGCUCCCUCCCUGUCGCCAUCCAUCUAAUACUUUCUCAGAAAAAAAGCAUCUACACUAUCGAACGCAAGCUAUCUUCUAACUGUAAGCUCUUUAUAUACUUAGGAAACGAUAAAGCAGCUCUCUUUCUAGUCCAAACUAAUGCGUAGAAACAGAUCCAUCGAUGAACAAUUUUAUACAAAACAAAAGUCAAAAACGACGAAAAAUUUUCUACAGCAUUUUAAAAACGCAAAUUGAGAACAAACUUAACAUUUACUGUCAUAUAUAAUCGUGGUAUGUGGUAGAAGUCCUUCUUACUGUGAACUGAUCAUGUGUUCUAGUGAAUAAAAAAAAGCGUAGAAGCAACCUGUUUUUAUCGAUAACUGUUUGACCAAAAUCUAAAUGAAUAAAACAAAACCAACAGACUCGUAGUUUACGGCCAUUUAAAGCGCGCAAAAUGUGCGAAUCGUAGCGUUCCACAUAUGAAAGAUCAAGCAUUUAGAAGAAAAUGACAAUACAACGUAAGCAAGUUCUUUUUUUUUUCUCCCAUAAUAAUUCCCACUGCCACAUAGAACCCAUUCUUUGAUAAUCCUUCGUGAAUGACCAAUCAAAUCGCAUUGACAGCAGACCAGUGGUUUCGAGAUUCGGAUUAGUUGAGAGCGCUGAAUACGUACAUUUUUACAUUGACUCUCAUACGGGCUCGCAUUUUGACAAAAUUCUGCUUAUGGCAAGCAUCGAAACGAACCAGUGGAACUGCUGCAUGUGGUCAAAAUUUCAAGAACGUCAAAGUAAAAGACAGAGUACACUGCGUUUAACCUAUAAUGCAAGGCCAUAUGAGCGACAACACUGGUUUGGUCAUUCGAAUGCUCCGUUUGUAUUUUUAUUUUUUAGCUUAAAUACAUAUUCAGUGAUACAAUUGCUUCAAUGUGGUUAGAUCAAAAAUUGAUUGGUUUAUUGGUUAUUUUGAGAGAAUAAGUAUCACCGUACAAGCAUUUUGUCAUCCAUAGUCAAUUUUACACGAGACCCUUGAUCCAUACGUUGAAACAUUAGCACGCGAACAAUACGAUUCCGAUUAGGCAUUAACGCCUGUGAACGCUCCUUCUGUACGAUACAGGUAUCCUUAGCAGCGAAAACAAAGGUAAUGCAACAUAAAAUGGGUCAAAAAUAGGGAAGAACUGGAGAAAAAAGAAGCAAAUUGAUAAACAAAAGCGAAUGAGAACAAAACAAAAGAGAAGUUAAUGAUACACGAAACCAUUUUUAAAGGUGCAUUUGAAACUUUUAUAUACGUAAUUAGAGUUAAUUUACUCGUUUAGAGUGGUUAAACUAAAAAAAUAUUCAAAACAAACCAUGUUUAGAGCUAAGCACCGAGAAUCAGUUUGAGGAUUUUGUAACUUUUUUAGAAUAAAUUCCUUCAUUAAUUUUGAUUUGAUCUGAAUGAUCUUGAUCUACUUUUGUCUCAAUGACAUUUCUAUUUUUUUCAAUUUGGAAAUAUAAUUUGUUGUACACUUUAUUGCGUACGCGCAUCGCUUUUGUAUCGCCGCUACAGUUGUUUUUUGCUGUGAUUUCUGUUUUUAUUUUAUUCAGCAUGAUAGAAUCGAAAAGUUAUGUUGGCAUGUCAUCAUCAUCGUCAUGAAAAAUCAAACUUUCGUGGAACAGCUUUUUAAUCAAAUAAAAAAAAAACUUAUCUUAGGGUUAGCGCACUUAUUAUUUAAGCAACUUUCCUAGGUUAUUAACCUCCGUGACUCCACAGUAAGAUUUGUCAUAAAUUUUUCAUGUAGAGCGCGAGGGCGUUAAAUACAGAAAAGAUACAGUUUAAAAAUUUGUUCUUUGUUCCAUAAUUCUGAAUUGAUUGGAUUGAUUGCUUUUAAUUUUUUUAAAUUUUGAUGAUGACGGUCAAAGAAGCCAAUUUAUAUUCUCGCGGCUGAAAUAAUGUGAAAAUCUCUGUGUUAUGAUUAUGUUGCAACUAUGAAGUGCUCAACAUAUUUGUUGAACAUGAAAAUAAUUUACCACUUUUACAAUAACUAAUUAAUAGGACAACGUUUCACAAUACGCAUCCAUUUAAUUUUCUUCUUUACGUAUCUGUAUCUGCAGUCUCUGUAACCACCAAAUUUUCAUUUUACCUUCCACUACGCGGAUCACAUGACUUUUGUUUACCUUUACAGCUUUACCCCACGAACACCAUCGUACUUGCGUGGAAAAAAAACAACACAAAAUUUAAACAAAGAGAUCAAAGCCUACUUCGAAUUGCCAUAGCUUCAGUUGUUAAGAAGUGUUUUUUUGUUCACUAAGUUCGAUUUAUUUACGUGUCUAAGUCUGUUGUUUAUAGCUUUGUAACAUAAUAGCAAAAACAACUUACCUAACCUAUAGAAAGUGACACUUAGUUCGCGGAAGACGCUCUACCGCCCAAACAGAGAGAGCCUACUUUAAUCAUGAGUGUACAUAUCAGAUAGAAUCCUAGCUUAACGAAUAAUUUUGCGAAAUUAAUCGUUUCCGUUUCGCAUUAACCACCGCCGUUUAUGUUUCGGAAAAUAAAGUAACUAAUUUUGUAGCUGCUUUUCGAAAAAAAAGAAUGGGGAAGUCAAAUUGUAAAUUAUUUAUCAUUUAAUAAAUCACUUAUUUGAAAAUCGUAAUCCCCACAUAUGUCUCUUCUCGCAUAUUGUACAAUUUAUGCUUGAAUAUCACUGCGAAAUAACAGCAAUUCAAUUAACAAUUAUCUUAAGUACAGGAACUCCUAAAUUAAUAAAAAAUGAAAUCUCGCUUGAAAGGAAAAAAAGUAAACAAUCAUACAUUCAAGUUAGCUUUGCAAAAUUUUGGCGGUCUGGAAUAAAAAGCUCAAAUGUGGAAAAUAAUGGCAGUUUUAUCACGAUUUUCAAUUCUGAAACAAAGAACCACUCAUAAUCACGCAUGCAGCCCAUUCGUUAGUUUAUUAUUCAUAAUAUCAUUGUAAUGUUACAAAUACAAGAAAUAUUGACUUGAAUAAUUUUGCGCGAAAAUACCUUAUUUAUAUAGAAAAUCUUGAUGCCAACAGGAAAAACACAUUCAAAUCAAAUCAUAAAGCAAACAUGAUUUGGUAGUUCUAUGUUCUCUAAUUGGAGAUCACUUGAAACUGUCAUAUACAUAUUAUUCAUUUAAAAACUAAUAAGUUGAAGGCAACGUAAAAAACAGAUAAUGAAAGUCAAAAACGAUCAAACACACAAAGCGAAACCCGAAUGAAUGGAACAAUGAAAGUAUGCGAGGGCUCAGUGUGAAUGGGAUGUGGAUAUAAAAUGAUAUGAUGUUGUUUUCAUGAACGUAAUAUUGUUCAUACUGAUUUUCCCAUGCCUUAUCCUACAGUGACAUCCAACUAACUUCAUGUAUUUCUGGAAUCCAAAAUUAUUUCAACUUUUAGUGAUAUCUGUUUACGUCUACCAUAUUUGUUCUUCUAUGAUAUAAAUCCUUCAACUUGAACCAUCCAUUUUAAAACUCCCUCCACCUUUCUUCCCGUAUCCCUUUUUAUAUUUAUUUUGUUUUUGCGAGCAGAAGCAGAAGUUUACGCUAGACGAAACAGAAUAAAGCAGCACAGUGUGAAUGAAAUCUGGUUUUAACAGAUAUAUAGACUGUAUACGAAUAUUUUGAAUUAUUAUUAUAAAUAAAUAAAUAUAAUGCGAGGAAAAAACUGAAAUGGAAAUUACCGUAUUCAAGCAUAAUUAUUAACCCCAAUAAUGAUGCGCAAUCGUAGUAAUUGGCAAAGUAUUGUACAUAAACAAUAAUGAAACGGAAAUCAUCCGCAAUUAAAUAACAACGUGGAAGCAAAAUUUACAUACAAUAAGAAAAAGUGGUUAAAAAUAUGUAAAACGAAGCAAAGAACAACAUCGGUGGAAAAUCGAAAUGUAAGAAAACAAGGAAAAACUUAUAUAUAUAAAGUGAAGCAUAUUUUUAAUUGUUUAAUAAAUUAUUAAAAUAAUAAAACCAAACUGAAA